ACUCCACCGUCCAUUAACUAUUUAUCCAUCUUGGGCAACGUCAGGCGCGGGACAUACUAGAAGUAAGCGAACCCGUUAAAUUUUAACCUGCAAAAGAAUGGACUAAAGGGAGUAUCGCGCGAUUAUGACCGAAGACAACUCUCAUCUUUCAUCGUUGCGGCAUGAGCCGCAACUCACUCCUGUUGCGGAAAAGUCACUACCCGCAAAAUGCAAGGCCACCACGCUGAAAUAUUGUCCUACGAUGGACCUUAUCUCCCUCGUUACAGAGGAUGAUGAAUUACGAGUUUUCCGAUUGAAUGGUCAGAGGGUCUUUGGGGGUUCGUUCAAGGGAGAUCCCUAUUUGGAUGAAGACGACGGCGGGGGUGAAAUCCGACAAUUGAUGUGGAAAAACAAUGGUCACCUACUUGCUGUCGCUUGCGCGGAUAAUACUAUCCGUAUCAUUAGUGCUUACAGUGGUAAAACCGUCCAUCAUUAUCCUGCUUAUGAAGGGCAGAGUGAUGCCGACCGACCUUUCAGGGCUACUUGUUUGGGCUGGGGUGUAAACUUCACCGAUAGCGAGGCUGCACAACAGCAAUUGAAAGAGGCUGCCGGGCAAAUAUCCGUCCAGGAUCUGCUGUCGUCGGAUGUACAUCCAUCAAAAGCAGCUGCCUUACUCAAAGCUGACCUACCAAGGGAGUUAGCUUUACUAGAUAUCGAGAGCUCAUUACCUAAACUGAGCACACUACCUGCGACAGGAAGCGAUGACGACGUGUUUAGUUCUCGGGCGUCGAUUGAUGCUAUCUUUCAUUCUGCUGGCAGGAACACCAGUGACACGGUAGAUGUCUUGUUGGUAGGCUUUGAUGAUGGCACCGUUCACUUGCGAAUUUUUGAUUGCUUCGAAAUAGGCUCAUUUCAAGUGGGCAGUUCCAUUGGGCCUUCCAGUUCAUGCAGGAUCCUUCAGCACGCCUCUCAUCCAUUGAGCUCCACCCAUGCAUUGCUAGCAUCCUCACAUACAGACGAUAGUUCAGACUCCUUGUACUUACUCACUCUCGACCUUCGGUUUAUCACGCGAUCCGGUAGAUAUCUUUCACUACUUGCACAUAAGACAACCCAGCUUCAAAACCUGCUCAGAUACAUCAACCAGGUACAAAGGCAGGUUGAGCUCGAGUGGAAAAAUGCACAAGAACUACCGGCAAGGUACAUGCGCAGUAUAAACGAAGAUUUGCAGGAAAAAUGCCAUUGUGAUUUCGUUACGGCUGCCUACCACCUAGUGGUCACUGGAGACUGUUUUGAACCAAUGAAGGAGUUUUUGGUAGAUAUUGUCGGGGAAAGAGGACACAAAAGGUGGGAGAAAGCUGUAUCGAGCGGCUACGAAAAUGUUCGACGUUUGACACACGAAUGCCUUCUUCCGGCUCUGGAACGAUGUGAAGUGUUACUUAGUCGCCUCACCGGGCUCUCCAAAUUUCAUAAAAUAUGUGGUGUCCUAGGUCUGGAGACAGCAGAUCUGAAUGCGAUUGUCGAGACUCUGGAUUGCCUUCAUCUCUUAUCUCACCAGAUUCUCAUCAAUGCAAAUGAGGAAUUAAGCCAAUUCAACUCAUUUUCGCGAUGGCUUCGCCACGAAAUCGAAAUGCAGAGCGCUGAACCCAUGUCCCAGACGCUAGAAGAGCUACAGGAGAAAACGGACAUGGUUGAAUAUCCGCUGACUCUGAAGUAUAUCAGAGGCGCAUUAACCAAGAGCAAAUUACGAAACUUCAUCCAGCAACUGCCCCUGAUCGGAUUUGCGAGGCCCGCCCCCAAUACCUCAGAUAAGUGGGCACCAACCGAACACGAUGGGUCAUUCUAUGACACGUUUAAGAAAUUGCUGGAGCAGAGCAACCAAGCCUCCGAUGCCGAUGCUCCAGCUGAACUGCCGAAGAUGAAUGAUCUCACAAAGCGCCUCGGACUACAGUUCGAAAAAGUCUUUGGCCGGAUCGCCUUGACACAGCGUAGAGGUAUCCUUCAUAGGUCCCCACUUUCCCUUCACUCAGAUUGUGACAAAGAUAUCGUUGAUCUUGUCAUGCGCUACGAGGAUGUUGGGGAACCAAGAUCGUGUGUGAUAUAUGUGGCAACUAGGUCCAUCCGGUCGAAACAUAUACUGUAUAUAUACCGCACGGUUCUGGACUGCGAAAAUGGGGUCAGCUCCACCCGGACGACAAGUAUAGGAGCGAUCGAUUUACAGGAGGGGGAAAUACGCCAAAUACAGUUCGUGGAGGAUGAUACCAUCAUGGUGCUCUGGUCUAAUAGCGACGGAUCCUCUUACCUUCUCAACUUCCCCUUUCAGCCGGCACCGACUAGCGAAAGCCCACACCUUGUCAGCUUCGAGGACUAUGAUAGCGAUACGACAUCAUCUACGCCCGCUGCACGCACGGUGACGCUUGAUGUCUUAGCCCCAGAAUCCGAAUCUACGCAGUGGAUUAAACAUGCCUUUACCAUACCUGGGCCCAAACUCAAGCCCACGAGGAUAUAUGUCAACGGCCGACACGACCGUCGAGCGAUCUGUGUCUUGUAUGGCGACGGCCUGCGUUAUGAGGUUUUAGAUUUAGACGCGGAGAUGGAAGAUGAAGAGGAGGAAGACGAAGAGCCAGAGGACAGCGAGUAGAGGCCGGGAGUAAUAAUAAUGCUUGGUUGUCAUCUGGUUGUUCCUGAUGGAAGGCGGCCAAGGCUAACAAGGUGAGGUUGACUCUCUCACCAGCAAAUUAGCGUGUUGAUGAGCAACUCUAGGUUCCACCAUCGGCAGGGACAAAGCUGCUCCAGGCAGGGAUGUGCCUCUGUUUUGCGUUUGUUUAUUGAUAUGUCGGUUGUGACUGGCCGUCGGGCUUUUGUUCAAUGACUGCAAUGAGUCCCUGACAUCUAAUGUUUGAA